CUCACACGGACGCCAGCAAACUUGAACUACAUUAACUUUUCCCAAUUCAAGGACACGGAUCAGUGCUAAAUGUUGACGGAGAAAUAGAGCUGGACACCAUUAUCAUGGAUGGAAGGACUCUUGCCUGCGGUGCGGUGUCUUCAGUGAAGAAGAUUGCCAAUCCUGUGUCACUGGCACGGGCCGUGAUGGAAAAGACGGUCCACGUCCUGCUGACAAGCAAAGGGGCAAACCUGUUUGCAGAGAGCAUCGGCAUGGCCACAGUUCCCAGUGACACACUGGUGAGUGAGAAUGAGUGGAAGGCGUGGAGGAAAAACAAGACUUAUGCUACUGGAGUAACGGAGGAUUUUAACUGUCAGUGGGCCCAUGACACUGUUGGGGCAGUUGCUGUGGACUCUUCUGGCAAUGUUGCAUGUGCAACAUCAACUGGAGGGAUGCGAAAUAAAAUGGUUGGCAGAGUAGGAGAUUCUCCCAUCGUUGGUGCUGGAGGAUACGCAGACAACCUUAUUGGAGCAGUGUCUUGUACGGGUCAUGGAGAGUCUAUUCUUAAAGUCACAUUGGCCCGACGCAUUCUUCCACAUAUUGAGCGAGGUAAAUCCCUAGCAGAUGCUUCUCAGCUGUCUCUGCAGUACAUGGGGGACCGUGUCCAUGGUGCAGGAGGUGCUAUUGUAGUUUCUCCAUCGGGACAGUGGGCAGCCACCUUUACCACAGUGCGGAUGGCUUGGGCAGCAGUGGAUCAUGAUGGUCUGUGGUAUGGAUUAGAGCCAAAUGAAAGGCUAAAAGAGCAGUUAUCCAAAUAACCAUUUCAGCAGUUUUAUUCCUCAAAUAUUCCAUCAUAGAGGAAAUGGUAUUUCUUAUUGGUACGUCUCAAGAGCUGUGAUUGAGCAGUUAGUCCAUUUAACAUGAAAUGUUAAUCAGCUCAGAUUUGUAAAAGCAAAAACAUACAUCCUGCUCCUAUUUUAUGAAUAAUUUGUUGGUAUUCAAUAAAAUGAGCUUUUAAAAUUGA